AUGGAAGCUGUUGGUAUCGCCGCCAGCAUCGCAGGCCUCGUCUUGGCUGUCCAGGAGUGCUACAAGAUAAUCAACAAGCACGUUGGGAGUUCCAACUUGCAGUCGGACGAAAUCAAGCAGAUGAACUCCACCCUUCGCCAGUUCUUGACGGUGGUGGGCGGCUUCCGGGCGGUCCUCGAGGCGUCACAGGAAGACGAGGACAGAUUCAACCGCAUGGGCCGUCUUGAGGACGUGAUGACGGUCUGUAGGAAGAUACUCGAGGGAAUUAUUGCAUUCGAGGACGAAGAUCGGCUCAAGAAGCUCAUCAGAGGCGCCAAGUUCGACGAGAGGCUGAAGCAAUCAAUGACCGAGCUUCAUGACGCAAAGGAGCUUCUGAGUCUUGCCAUAUCGGCCGAGCAGGACAUCAUCAUCACCGAAACCAACAAGUUCCUACACCAGGUGGGUGAGACCGUCGAGAACGUUUUCGAAACAGUGCAGGCCACUGGCGAGAAAAUGGACAAUAUCCGAGGCCGAUUACAGAGCCAAGAAGACCUCGAGAAGAAAACUGGCAUUCUCGACUGGAUCUCAACGCGCAACUUUGGUCCCAUCCAAACUGAUCUACUGAACCGACUGCAAGAGGGAACAGGGAAGUGGUUUCUGGAGUCCGAACCGUUCCAGACCUGGCAAACCUCAGCUUGCGAAAGUGAUCAAAUUCUGUUUGGUCCUGGUAGCCUGGGCUCAGGAAAGACGAUGAUCACCGCGGCUGUGAUUGAGCAUUUGCACCAGAGUCGAAAAGACCGCACCGGCAUUGCUAUCAGCUACGUGUAUUGCAACUACAAGAAUCGUGAUGUGGACGACUCAACAUCUCUCCUACGCUGUCUGCUGCGGCAAAUCGUCGACGCAUUACCCUCAAUUCCCGAGAGCCUGAAGGAAAUGCACAAGAAAGAGGAGUCACUGACCUUAACGAGAGUCAGUGGGUUGUUGCGGGAAGCAGCUAGCAAGUGUUCCAGCUGCUUCAUCAUCAUCGACGCCUUGGACGAGUUCCAACCCAACAGCCACCAGAUCUGCAAGUCGCUAUUGUCCGAGAUAACCAAGGGGAUUCGAGCAACCCGCGACGACUUGGAGGCGUACUUACGAAGCCGUGUUGCCGACUGUUCCCCGGUCAUAAAGCGGGACGAGCUGCUAUGCAAUGAAGUGACAGCUACGAUUGUUGAUGCCGUCAACGGCAUGUUUCUUCUGGCUCAGCUCUACCUCAACCGAUUUGACGGCAUUCUCACAAUUCGAGAGGCGAAGAAUACCCUGAAGUCUCUAAGGGAACACACUACAGAAGCCCAACUGGCUGAUGAAGACGACAACGGUUGGCAACUAGAUGUCCUGAGCCACGCCUACGAUGACACCAUGUCGCGGAUCCGUGCCAAGAAGAGAGAACACAGAGACAUGGCCUUGAACGCGAUAAAAUGGAUUACGCACGCCAGAAGACCACUUCAACCUGGCCAGCUACAAGAAGCGAUGGUCCUUCGGCCGAAUGAUACCGAGUUCGACCAAGAGGCCGUUGCGGAGAUAGAUGACAUCCUUUCCGUCUGUGAAGGCCUUGUGGUGGUCGACGGAGAGGCGAACAUCGUUCGCCUCCACCAUUAUGCGGCACAAGAGUAUUUUGAGCGAAUUCGAGAGAAGCAUUUCCCAGACGGAGAGUUGGAAAUCAGCGGCACUUGCGCAACGUAUCUCUCGUUGGAGAGCAUUCGCUGCUACAAACGGGCAUGCCGCAGGUGCAAGGACAACGGCGGAAUCAAACCAAAGAAUGCCAUUGGCAAUCGGCUCUUACGGUACGUGGCGCCGCACUGGGGAUACCACGUCCGCCGGUCGUCCAGAGUCCACACCCAGGUCCAGAGUCUACUCAGCUGCAGUAAACUUACCGACACACUAAACCAUAGCCCCAUUCACGGAUAUGGAAGCGUGGACGAAGAGGACAAGUCAGGCGAGACGCCUUUGUGCUACGCUAUCAAAGGCGGUUGGGAAUCUACCGUUCGUCUGCUAUUGAAGAAGGGCGCAAACGUUUACGGUAGCGUCUCUAUCGGGCUCCCGAAUCAUCCUGGAUUCUCGUCGGCACUGCCCUUGCGUCUCGCUGUAGGCCAUGGGCUUAUCGAAAUCUUCCAAAUCCUUGCUCAUGAGAUGGAUGAGAUGGAAGAGAUUUUAGAAGGCGACAACUGGGUCCGACAUGAAGUCGACGGGGAGAUGUUGUCAUUGGCUUGCGCGCGGGGAUUGCGCGAGCAUGCCAAGCUGCUUCUUGAGAGAGGAGCCGAUCCCAGCUGGGUGGCCAAAUACCACCAAUGCUCCCAAGCCGUAUACAUAGGAAGCAGCACAGUUUUCGGGCGGGAACUGGUCUGGGAUGAAAUCCCCUCAGACUCAAAGGAGGGAUACAGAGAACGGCCUCUUGCGAAAGCCAUUAAGUUUCCCGAUCUUGAGCUUAUCGACAUGCUGCUGGAGGCUGGAGCUACCGUUCCGGAAGUCGAAGACGAGAGCAUCGAUUUUGGACUUCUCGGAGACGCGGUGCGGUCUAACGACCCGGCGAUUCUUACUCGACUGUUUGCUCAAGUCCCGGACUUCGGCUUCUCUGAGGGACAUGCCCAGCAACUUCUCGCACACGCAGCCUGUCAUGAUGCAAUGCAGUCGUUGCAAUUCCUGCUGGACAAGGGUGUAAGCAUCAACCAAGGUAACUGGGUUGGCCAGUCUGCCCUGUCGACCAGCGUCCAGUUUGGCGAUGUGGACCAUGUCAAGAUUCUGUUAGACCUUGGCGCUGACAUCGAGUCACGAGACGCCCAAGGACGUACUCCAUUGUCCCAUGCUGUGGGCGGCGGUGGUCACCAGGAUGUUGUCCGCUUAUUGCUUGAGCACGGUGCCGAUCCCGAGUCGAUUGAUGGUGAGGGGAGAAAUCCUCUUUCCAUUGCUGUCGAGAAAGGAGGCGAUAAGACGACGCAAAUUUUGCUGGAUCAUGGCUGUCGUGUCAAUGUCGCAGACAACGGAGGGCGUACGCCGAUAUGUUAUGGCUUGUGGCACGCAAGCCGCGUCGAGACACUCAUCAAGCAUGGCGCCGAUGUCGAAGCGAAAGACCACAUCGGACGAACACCACUCAUGCAUGCGGUAUUGGCAGCGGAUAAUGAGAGUUUUUUCGACAGCGAGGUUGUCGAUCUUCUUCUCAAAGACCACCAGGCUUUACUGUAUGAAGAGGACAAUUUCGGGAGAAGUCCUUUCGCUGUCGCCAUCGCAUACCACAAGAACGAGGUAGUUCAGCAUUUGCUUCAGUACGCAGGCAACCCGUUCGCUGGGGAAGGAAAGCUCUCUAAGCCAGUAUUCCUAGCAGCGAAGCUAGGCAAUGAAGCCCUCUGCAACCAGUUUUUGCAAAGAGCCGGAGACCAGCACCACGUUAUCCCAGACGAGAUCCGAGAGUCAUUGGACAGGACGUUGACUUCUCACGCCGGCUUUCAUUCUUUCUUGAGGGACUGGUCCAAGCCCUGCUCGAUUUGUCUGAGUCCCAUUGUCAUCAGUGAGAUAUAUGACUACUACUUGCGUAAAAGCGAAGAGAACGCUGCUUCAAGUGGUUAG